GCGGUGCUCUGACUUGGCGUUCAUAUCCGCGAAUAUGAAUUGAGAGUUUAUGAAAUUAAAAAUGCCAAUAAAAACGCUUUUAAAUUAUUUCGAUCGUAACAUAACACAUAAGCGACGUGUAUUUUUGUCGCAGAAUGAUUUUCAUCCAUUUUUUUUGGGAAAAUCCAUCUAAUAAGCCGUUAUUUGUUCAUAUCCGUACUUUCCAUUCAUAUCCGCGGAUAUGAGUCAUAUACGUAUUUUAGUCAUACCCUCAAGGAUGUUAUGUAAACAUUAUUUUUAAAAACGUAUCAGAAACCCGAUAACACCAACUGUUAUUGGCAAGUUGAUUCAGAUUUUACUGUAGGGGGAAACCGUGGAUAUGUCCAUUUAUUCAGAGCAAUGCUCCAUGAAACUAGGCGACCAAUUUGAACAUCUACGUCUUACACCUAAUCAUUGUGUGUGAUCAAUGUGUAGAUGGAACACAAUUUUGGCAUCAACACCUGCUUGAAAGGAGCCAUUUCGGGGGGAUUACCAUGGAGGCAGUGACAAGACUUUGGAACCAUCCAAAAAUUCGAUCUAUUCCUUCCAAAGUAGGAAAUCUCUUUAGCAGACGCUACCUUCUCUAUACAAACACUGCCAUAUCUGUGGUGAUGUCAUGUACUGGAGAUUCCCUCCAGCAGCAUUACCAGAUACUCCAAGGGGAGAUGACUCAAUGGGAUUUGCAGAGGAUGCACGAUGUUGGAUUUACUGGCCUUGUUAUAGGACCCUUCUGUCAUCUUUGGUACCUUAUGUUGGAUCGCUGGUUUCCAGGUCGCACUAUUGGCAUUGUGAUGAAGAAAUUAGUAGUAGAUCAGUUUGUGUGUUCGCCAAUUGCAAUAUCUUCAUUCCUGCUUCUUACCUCGUUCUUGGAAGGGAAGACUGCGCCCCAGAUAAAGCAGGAGUUAAUAGAAAAGGGAAAAACACUUUAUACAGCUGAAUGGAUAGUAUGGCCACCGGCUCAGAUCAUCAAUUUUUAUUUCUUACCCACACGUUACAGGGUGUUGUUUGAUAACUCAGUGUCCUUUGGAUUUGACUGGUAUUUUUCAUUCGUGAAAUAUGGUCACCGUUAUAUUAAAGCUGGUGCUCCAAACUUGGAAAGUGAUAAUUCCAAUAACUCAGAAGACAAAUUGACACAGGUGACCAAAUCAAGAUAUCAAAUUGGAGGAAGCCAUGUGCCAUUCCUGCACAUACAGGCAGCAGAUAUUGUGCAAUUAAAGCAAGAUAUGUUUCAUAUCAAUUCCAAACGUUGGUGGCAAAAAUGGCAUGACCGUAGUUUCCAACAGUCUGGUACUGUUGACCAUGAAACGUUUGAAGUUGAAAAACAACGAUCAAGUGAAGACAUAAAUGAUUGAAGUGAAAAAAUAACUUACUUACAAUGCUUAAGGGGAGCUUUUGUGAUCACUUUAUGUCUGUCCUCCAUGCAGUGUGCAGUGACAUUAAUUAUUGAAGUAAAAAAAUAAGUUGUGAUCAAUUCCGUGAAACGAAAAUAAGCUUAUUUUAGCUUAUUUGAGGAACAUCUGUGAUAUUAAUUUGACAAGCUUCCUCCUGGCUUGUUGGUUGAGAUGAUGGCCUUCAGCAUGAUGGCUUGUAGUUUAAUCUGGUCGCAACCAUCCGAUGUCAUACGUCUCCAGCUGGAGGUCUGGGAUGUCUGUCUGGUCGCAACCAUCCGGUGUCAUACGUCUCCAGCUGGAGGUCUGGGAUGUCUGUUGUUGUGAUGUUUGGCAUUUUUAUAGCAAUCAGGUUUUUCACAGGGUAGAGUAGCUUACCCUGGUCUUGGGGUGUUAAUUUUGGUGAACACUAUGGGUAAAAUUUCAGCUGGUAAAUAAGAAAAAAUCAGCUCCAACAACAAAUAUAUAUUAUUAUUAUAUUUUUUGUUUAUGUAUAGCAUUUAAUAACAUACUGUAUUAUACAUUCUGUAUGUCAUAAAGUCUGUUUCUCCUGACAUUAUCAAUUUUAAUUGCGAAUUUAUUGUAUAUAUUUCUUCUCACAUAUACACAAUAACACAAAAGGCAAGAAAAUUAAAAUUGAUACAAAUUAUCAUGUAUUAUUGGAAUCAUAGUACAAAUGAAGUCUAUAAUAAAGUCCUUAGUUUGUGUCUUGAAUGUGCAAAAAAAAGUGAAAUAAUCUUCGUAAGAUCAAGUUAACAUAUAAAUGUAAACAUUGUGCUUUGACCUGACUAAUACUUUCUAAUUAUGAAUCUUUUGUAGACUUAAUUGUUGAAGUAAUUACAAAUGUUUGGACACACAUGUUUGGAAAUGGUAUUAAUAUUUUCUUUUGAAGACUUUGCAUGAUUAUUACAAAAAGAGUUUAAAGAAGAUUGCAUUAAAAGCAAAAGCAUUGUUUAAUCAAUUAAAUCCUUUAAACCGCUCUCAUAAUACAAUGUAGCUUAUAAUGGACAAUUUUAUUUGUUUUUACACGUGAUACAUUUUAUGAUUUAAUGUUUUUAGGAAGUAAAAAAUGAUGAACAAACA